UGGCUUAUCUUAGAGAUAACGAGUAUGAUUACAGAAUGAUUCCAUUUUUCUUUUAUUUUUUGUAACACUGACCUUCAAAUAAAUUCGGAAAUAAAAAAAACGUGAAAAAAUAUUAACCUAAGUGAUAGCUCACUGCGUCGAUGGCAAAUCACACAGAGAUAUUAUUUCUGAAGAAUGGAAGUAAGAAAGUAACGACAUCUUUAGUUUCAAAAAAUAGUCUAGCACAUUUCAGUAAAUGGGUGCGGCAGUGCUGACGGAUAACAGUUGGCUCAGCACAAUCUCUAUUUGAAUUUGGCUUGUCAGAAUGCAGGAAGACUCGAUCAGUGGUAUUAUAGAAGCCUUGUCUCCUCUGUCUUUCGCCAUAUCACUUGCAGUUCUAUUACUGGCAUACGUAUAUAUUGCUAUCAGAGAUAAAGGUGUACCACCAGGUCCAAAAGGUUUACCCUAUUUUGGGUAUUUGCUCUUCAUGAGCAAUGCUGACUGUCAUCUGAAGUUAGAUGCUCUGAAAAAGAAGCAUGGAGACAUUUUCAGCUUUACUUGUACCGGUCGUUUGUACAUUAACUUGGGAAGUUUCCGGGCAUUUCGGGAGGCUCUCAUAUCCAAAUCUGAAUGCUUCGCCGAAAGAGUAUCAGGUUACAGCCUUACAAAACAUCUUUUCAAUGGAGGUAUAGCUUACUUGAAUGGAGAACCUUGGAAAGUUGUUAGAAAAUUCUUUCUGCAGGUCUUAAAAGAACGUGGCGCAAAUUCCAUCAAAUCUAGUAUAGCUGGUCCUUUGUACGAUUCCAUCAAAUCUACCAUCAACGAUUUGAAAGCCAAGAAAGGAGAACCCGUCAACUUGAUAGAAUUAUUAACUGAAAAAUGCACUACGAUAAUGCGACUUACGCUGUUUGGUGAAGUUGGAGUAACAGAUGAACAAAUAAAAAAAUUUAAUGAACUUUAUGCUGGAGAAGUGAUGUGCAUGACGCCACUGAAUAUGUUAAUGUGUGGAACCUAUGCCAAAUACUUCAUUUUUCCUUUUAUGCCCCAUUACUCUGAAGCUGUGAAAUGUAAUAAACAGAUGGAGAAACUCUUACAUGAUAUACUCAAUGAACACAAAGCAACAUACGAUCCAGAGAACCCCAGAGAUAUUAUAGACGAAUAUUUCAAGGAAAAGGAUCAAAGACGAAGCAGAGGAGAUUCCACAGCGGAGUACUUCACUGAUGAAGCUUUAGUAGGUUCUCUGAUGCAAUUUAUGGGAGAUGGCGUUCUUGGUGUUGCAUCUUUCGCGAGCCUUUUUGUCAAAAAUGUGUUGGAUUCAACCGAAGAGGAAAAACUUUAUAAAGAAAUCGUAGACGUUAUAGGCUCAGACAGGCAACCGACUAUUGAAGACAAAAGUAAGAUGACUUACUUCAACGCUUACAUAUUGGAAGCUAUGCGAACAUCAGAUUUCUUCAAUAUUUUCCCCACCUUGGAAUGUACAAAGGAAACCACUUUAGGCGGAUACAGAAUACCAAAAGGAGCUAUACUACUUAUGAAUUUUUACUCGACCCACUAUGAUCCAGAAACGUUUGAAGAACCUACAAAAUUUAAUCCAUCAAGAUACAUACAAACCGAAGGAAAACGGAGGCCAGAAUUGCCACUUACAUUUGGUAUAGGUAAACGAUCUUGUUUGGGAGAAGGUUUCGUCAUGAUGCAAGUCUUCUUGCUUUUUGCAACAUUAUUACAAAAUUUCCAUCUCAGAUUACCAGAUGGAUCAAAACAAAUUACUGCGGAAGAAUUUCUGACAGGAAAUGUACUCAUAUGUGCAAUACCAAGAGACAAAAGCUCUUUGGUUGAUGUCCAGGGUUCAGAAGUUCUCAGCCAACUUCUGAGCAGUUUCCUGGCAUUCGAAGAAACAAAGCGAGUACUUUCUUUUCUUUUUCCUUCAAUAAGUAGUAGAAGAGAUAGGCGUAAAAGUAUGGCCAUCAAUAAGCAGUUCAUUGAAUAUCUCUUUGUAAGGAACUCUCACCCAGUUUCCAAAAAAGAAUUGUCAUUUGAAGAAACAUAUCUUCGGUUGAUCCAGGGUUCAGAAGCUCUCAGCCAACUUCUGAGCAGUUUCCUGGCAUUCGAAGAAACAAAGCAAGCUUUGGUUGGUCCAGGGUUCAGUAGUUCUCAGCCAACUUCUGAGCAGUUUCCUGACUUUAUUCAAAUCCAUCCCGUCAAGAUGCAAGUAGACUUAAUCAAUGGAAUUAUGGAAACAUUUUCUCCUCUCUCUCUCACCAUUUUACUUGCAAUUCCACUGCUGGCUUUGGCAUAUUUUACUAUAAGAUAUAAGGAUGUGCCUCCAGGUCCAAUAGGUUUGCCAUAUUUCGGAUAUUUACCUUUCAUGAGCAACGCUGAUUGCCAUCUGAAGUUAGAUGCAUUGAAAAAGAAGUAUGGCGACAUCUUCAGUUUCACGUGUACCGGUCGUCUGUACAUACACUUGGGAAGUUUCAAAGCAUUUCGCGAAGCUCUCGUAUCCAAAUCCGAAUGUUUCACCGAUCGAAUGUCAGGUUACAACCUCGGAAACCAGCUUUCCAAUGGAGGCAUAUCUUAUUUGACUGGAGAACCUUGGUUAGCUAUUAGAAAAUUCUUUGUGCAAGUCAUGAAAGAACGCGGCUCAAACUCCAUCAAGUCCAAUAUAGCUGGUCCUUUGUACGAUUCCAUCAAAUCUACCAUCAACGAUUUGAAAGCUAAGAAAGGGGAACCCAUCAACUUGAUAGAAUUAUUAACUGAAAAAUGCGCCACGAUAAUGCGACUUACUUUGUUCGGUGAAACUGGAAUAACGGAAGAACAGAUAAAACAAUUUAAAAAAUUGUAUUUUGGAAAAGUUAUGAGUAUGAGACCACUGAAUAUGCUGAUGUGUGGGACAUUUGCAAAAUACUUCAUCUUCCCAUUCAUCCCUCAUUUCUCUGAAGGCAUCAAAUGUAAAAACCAAAUGAUGGAAUUGGUAUAUGAAAUAAUCAAUGAACACAAAGCAACAUACGAUCCAGAGAACCCCAGAGAUAUCAUAGACGAAUAUUUUAAAGAAAGGGACCAAAGACGAAGCAGAGGAGAUUCCACAGCUGAGUAUUUUACUGAUGAAGCAUUAGUGGGUUCCAUAGUACAAUUUUUGGGUGAUGGCGUUUUUGGUGUUGCAUCUUUCGCGAGCCUUUUUGUCAAAAACGUACUGGAGUUCCCUGAAGAAGAGGAUAAAAUUUAUAAAGAAAUCCUAGAAGUUAUAGGCGUGGACAGGCAGCCUGCUAUUGAGGACAAGAGUAAGCUUUGUUAUUUCAACGCUUAUGUAUUGGAAACAAUGCGAAACGCUGAUUUCUUCAAUGUUUUUCCCACAUUGGAAUGUACAAAGGAAACCACUUUAAGAGGAUACAAAAUACCAAAAGGGGCCAUACUAGCUAUGAACUUUUACUCGACCCACUACGAUCCAGAAGUGUUUGAAGAACCUAAAAAAUUUAAUCCGUCGAGGUACAUACAAACCGAAAGAAAAAAGAGGCCGGAAUUGCCAGUCACGUUUGGAGUAGGUAAGCGAGCUUGUUUGGGAGAAGGUUAUGUCAUGAUGCAAGUCUUCUUGCUUUUAGCAACAUUAGUGCAAAAUUUCCAUCUCAGAUUGCCAGAAGGAAAGAAAAAGAUUACUGUGGAAGACUUUUUGACCGGAAAGUUACUCAUUUGUGCCAUACCAAGAGAAAAAAGCUGAAAGGAAAUAAAUGGCUACAUUCUGAAUGAAAUAUUUCUAAAUGUUGCUAUACUAUUAUAUGCCAUUCUUUUUUGCAAAUGAAAUAUGAUGAUAAAUAAAU